AUGCCGCCCUCUGAGCUCCUGGCGUCGGCUGGUGGUUCGUCUGUCGGCCGGGCCAUACUGCUCACCAGCAACUUGGAGAAGCCUGACCUCGAUAACCGCGACUAUCGCGUCAUCCGUCUCUCCAAUGAACUCGAGGCCCUCAUUGUUCACGAUCCCGAGACGGACAAGGCCAGUGCCGCCUUGGAUGUCAAUGUUGGCAAUUUCAGCGACGAGGAAGGCAUGCCUGGCAUGGCCCACGCCGUAGAACACCUCCUCUUUAUGGGUACCAAAAAGUUCCCCGUGGAGAAUGAGUACGGCUCAUACCUGUCCGCCAACUCGGGUAGCUCCAAUGCCUUCACUGCAUCCACCUCUACCAAUUACUACUUUGAGGUGGCUGCCAAGCCCGCCGAUGAUCAGCCCCCUACCGAGGAGAACCCAUCUCCUCUGAAGGGCGCCAUUGAUCGCUUCUCCCAGUUCUUUAUUGAGCCGCUUUUCCUCCCAAGUACCCUGGACAGGGAGCUUAGGGCCGUGGAUUCUGAGAACAAGAAGAACCUUCAGAAUGACACCUGGAGGCUUCACCAGCUGGAGAAAGCACUGGCGAACCCCAAGCACCCUUACUGUCACUUUUCAACAGGAAACUUCGAGGUCCUCAAGACCGAUCCUGAAUCCAAGGGCAUCAACGUGAGGGACAAGUUUAUCGAGUUCCACAGCAAGCACUAUUCAUCUAACCGGAUGAAGCUCGUCGUCCUCGGUCGUGAGUCGCUCGAUGUCCUUCAAAAAUGGGUUGAAGAGUUCUUUUCCGACAUUGUCAACAAGAACCUCCCCCAAAACAGGUGGGAAGACGAACCUGUGUUCCGCGAGAGCGACCUUGGUACUCAGUGCUUUGCAAAGCCCGUCAUGGAUUCGCGUGAGCUUAACCUCAUCUUCCCUCUCAUCGAUGAGGAGAACCUCCACGAAUCACAGCCAAGCCGGUACCUUAGCCACCUCAUUGGCCACGAGGGUCCCGGUAGCAUCAUGGCAUACAUCAAGAACAAAGGCUGGGCCAAUAGCCUUUCUGCUGGCGCUUACCCUGUCUGCCCCGGAAGUCGUAGCCUGUUUGGCAUUUCGAUUCGCUUGACGGAAGAGGGAUUGAAGCAUUACAUUGAAAUUGUCAAGGUCAUUUUCCAGUACCUGGCGCUCCUGCACGAAUCCCCCCCUCAGAAGUGGAUCUUUGAGGAACAAAAGGGCAUGGCCGAUGUCGACUUCAAAUUCAAGCAAAAGACCCCAGCCAGCCGUUUCACAAGCAAGACUAGCUCUGUCAUGCAGAAACCCAUUCCGCGAGAGUGGCUGCUCAGUGGCCAGAGCCGCCUGAGGACGUUUGACCCCGAGGGGAUUAGGAAGGCCCUCCAGGAACUCCGGCCUAGAAACAUGAAGAUAGGCAUUGUCUCCCAGAAGUUCCCUGGUAACUGGGACAAGAGAGAGAAAUGGUACGGCACAGAGUAUCGAUACGAGAAGGUGCCGGCUGAUGACAUGGCCGCGUUUGAAGAAGCCCUAAACACACCGGCAGACAAGCGUCCCCCCGAACUGCACCUCCCGCACCGCAACAACUUCAUCCCCAGCGAGCUUGAGGUGGAGAAGAAGGAGGUUCCUCAGCCUGCCAUCGAGCCCCGGCUGCUUCGCAACGAUUCCAUGGCAAAGACAUGGUGGAAGAAGGACGAUACGUUCUGGGUUCCCCGGGCUAAUGUUGUUGUCAGCCUGAAGAGCCCCAUCAUCUAUGCGUCCGCUGAAAACACAGUCAAGGCCAGGCUCUACACGGAGCUUGUCAGAGAUGCUCUAGAAGAGUACGCCUACGAUGCUGAGCUGGCGGGUAUCCAGUACACCGUCAGCCUCAGUUCCCGGGGGCUCGUCCUGGAUCUCUCGGGCUACAAUGACAAGCUCCCUGUCCUUCUCCAGCAGGUGGCUUCCACUAUGCGUGAUCUCGACAUCAAGGAGGACCGGUUCGAGGUCAUCAAGGAGCGGGCUGUCCGUGCCUUCAACAACUGGCAGCUCAAUUCGGCCUACCAGCAAGUUGGAGAUUACCUCAACUGUCUGUUUUCGGAACGGGACUAUCUCGUGGAGGAGCUUGCCGCUGAACUUCCGAACAUCACCUGCAAGUCCAUCCGCCUCUUUCAGGAACAGGUUCUCUCGCAGAUGUUCAUUGAGACAUACGUCCACGGAAACUUACACAAGGAGGAUGCUCUCAAGGUGACGAAUGUACUCGAGUCUACGUUCAAACCAAGGACGCUGCCACUAUCUCAGCUGCCAAUCGUCAGGUCCCUACUUCUUCCUGCGGGCUCCAACUUUGUUUACAACAAGACGCUGAAGGACCCGGCCAACGUCAACCACUGCGUUGAGACCUGGUUGUACAUUGGGGACAAGGCCGACCGCGUGCUCCGUGCCAAGACUCUUCUUCUCGAUCAGAUUGCUCACGAGCCGGCAUUUGACCAGCUGAGGACUAAGGAGCAGCUUGGAUAUAUCGUCUUCACUAGCCUCCGGACCUUUUCGACCACGUGUGGCUUCCGUCUGUUGAUCCAGAGCGAGCGUACUCCGGAAUACCUUGAUUCGCGCAUCGAGGCGUUCCUGGUACAGCUAGGCGGUAUCAUCGACAAGAUGAGUGACUCGGACUUUGAGGGCCACAAGCGAAGUCUUAUCCUCAAACGUCUUGAGAAGCCUAAGAAUCUCGACCAGGAGUCUACGAGGCAUUGGACGCAGAUCUCCGGGGAGUACUACGACUUUGAGAUUGGUAAGUGA